GCCGCCCCCCGGAGCCCGGCUCCAAAGCCGCCCGCAGCCCGCCUCAUCCCGGCUGCGCCGCCCGCCAGGCCCCGGGAGCAGCCGGGAGGAAGAUGAUGCGUCCUCGCCGCAGUCCGCCGGAGGAAACAGGACUCGCUGCGAAGCCCUAGGAAGAAAGAGCUCGGAGCGGACGGAGGCUCGAGCCGCUCCGGGAGCUGCCUGCCCUCCCUUGGCCGCGGAGGACUCGCCCAGGCGCUCUCCCGAGUGGAGGUUGGGAGAGCAUUUGCAGCAGAAUUUUUGGCUUUCCCUCCCCCUCCAUACAUUCCCCCCCCUCCUUUUUUUCAUUUUUUUUUCUUCUUCCCGGGAAGUGAAUUGCUGAUGCCAAGGGGACUUUAUUCAUUAAUGAUGCAACUGGAUUCGUUUCAGGAUUAUGUUGCACGAAUUGAAUUUUGAAUGAAGGAGUUGUUUUUUUUUUUUUCUUUUUUUGAAAGGAGUGUUGACUCUUUAGCUCGUUGUACUUUUAAUUAUUAUUUUAUUUAAAUAUACAAUCUAAUGGUAUUAUUCUCUUAAAAUAUUAAAAUCUAUAUUUUAUGAAAACUUACCCUCAAGAUAUAUAUGUUUAUGGGUGAGAUUGAAGACGCUUCCGUUAAGUGAGGUGACUGGUGUUAUUGGAUGUUUAAUUCAGCACCAGCAUUGCAUGACAGUUGUUUGAAAUAACAAGUGGUUUAUUUUUAAAAGCCACAUCUUUAAACUUUUAGGUUCAGAUAGUAACAGUAGACAUCGUAAGGGCACUUAAGGGAAAACCAGCAGAAAUCGAAGCAAACAUGUCCGGAGAAGUACGUUUGAGGCAGUUGGAGCAGUUUAUUUUAGAUGGGCCAGCUCAGACCAAUGGGCAGUGCUUCAGUGUGGAGACAUUACUGGACAUUCUCAUCUGCCUUUACGAUGAAUGCAAUAAUUCUCCAUUGAGAAGAGAGAAGAACAUUCUUGAAUAUCUAGAAUGGGCUAAACCAUUUACUUCUAAAGUGAAGCAAAUGCGAUUACAUAGAGAAGACUUUGAAAUAUUAAAGGUGAUUGGUCGAGGAGCUUUUGGGGAGGUUGCUGUAGUUAAACUAAAAAAUGCAGAUAAAGUAUUUGCCAUGAAAAUUCUGAACAAGUGGGAAAUGCUGAAAAGAGCUGAGACAGCGUGCUUUCGUGAAGAAAGGGAUGUGUUGGUAAAUGGAGACAAUAAGUGGAUAACCACUCUGCACUAUGCUUUUCAGGAUGACAAUAACUUAUACCUGGUUAUGGACUAUUAUGUUGGUGGGGAUUUACUUACUCUACUGAGCAAAUUUGAAGAUAGAUUGCCUGAGGAGAUGGCUCGGUUUUACUUGGCUGAGAUGGUGAUAGCCAUUGACUCAGUUCACCAGCUCCACUAUGUUCACAGAGACAUCAAACCUGACAAUAUAUUGAUGGAUAUGAAUGGACAUAUUCGUUUAGCAGAUUUUGGGUCUUGUCUGAAGCUGAUGGAAGAUGGAACGGUCCAGUCCUCGGUGGCAGUUGGAACUCCAGAUUAUAUUUCUCCAGAAAUCCUUCAGGCUAUGGAAGACGGAAAAGGCAGAUAUGGACCAGAGUGUGACUGGUGGUCUUUGGGGGUCUGUAUGUAUGAGAUGCUUUAUGGAGAAACGCCAUUCUAUGCAGAAUCUCUGGUGGAGACAUAUGGAAAAAUUAUGAAUCACAAAGAAAGGUUUCAGUUUCCAACCCAAGUGACAGAUGUGUCAGAAAAUGCUAAAGAUCUUAUUCGAAGACUCAUUUGUAGCAGAGAACAUCGACUUGGCCAAAAUGGAAUAGAAGACUUUAAGAAACAUCCGUUUUUCAGUGGAAUUGAUUGGGAUAAUAUUCGAAAUUGUGAAGCACCUUACAUUCCAGAAGUUAGUAGCCCAACUGAUACAUCAAAUUUUGAUGUGGAUGACGACUGUUUAAAAAAUUCUGAAACAAUGCCCCCACCAACACAUGCUGCAUUUUCUGGCCAUCAUCUACCAUUUGUUGGUUUUACAUAUACUAGUAGCUGUGUUCUUUCUGAUCGGAGCUGUUUAAGAGUCCCAGCAGGUCCCACCUCACUGGAUCUUGAUGUCAAUGUCCAGAGGACUCUAGAUAAUAACUUAGCGACUGAAGCUUAUGAAAGAAGGAUUAAGCGGCUUGAACAGGAAAAGCUUGAACUUACUAGAAAACUUCAAGAGUCAACACAGACUGUUCAAGCUCUGCAAUAUUCAACUGUUGAUGGUCCACUAACGGCAAGCAAAGAUUUAGAAAUUAAAAGUCUGAAAGAAGAGAUUGAAAAACUAAAGAAACAAGCGAAAGAAGUGAAUCAUUUGGAACAACAACUUGAAGAAGCUAAUUCUGUGAGGCGGGAGCUAGAUGAUGCUUUUAGGCAAAUCAAAGCUUUGGAAAAACAAAUCAAAACUUUGCAGCAAGAAAGAGAAGAACUAAAUAAGGAACUAGUCCAGGCUAGUGAGCGAUUAAAAAACCAAUCUAAAGAGCUGAAAGACGCACACUGUCAGAGGAAGCUGGCCAUGCAGGAGUUCAUGGAGAUCAAUGAGCGACUAACAGAAUUGCACACCCAAAAGCAGAAACUUGCUCGCCAUGUCCGAGAUAAGGAAGAAGAGGUGGACCUGGUGAUGCAGAAAGCUGAGAGCUUAAGGCAGGAGCUGCGCAGAGCAGAGAGAGCCAAGAAAGAGCUGGAAGUUCACACUGAAGCUCUAAUUGCCGAAGCAUCGAAGGACAGGAAGCUCCGAGAACAGAGUGAGCAUUAUUCUAAGCAACUGGAAAAUGAGCUGGAGGGGCUGAAGCAAAAACAAAUUAGUUACUCGCCAGGAAUAUGCAGCAUAGAACAUCAGCAAGAGAUAACUAAACUGAAAACUGACUUGGAAAAGAAAAGUAUCUUUUAUGAAGAAGAAAUAUCUAAAAGAGAAGGAAUUCACGCAAGUGAAAUUAAAAAUCUGAAGAAGGAGCUGCAUGACUCAGAAGGCCAGCAACUUGCUCUCAACAAAGAAAUUAUGGUUUUAAAAGACAAAUUGGAAAAAACCAGGAGAGAAAGUCAAAGUGAAAGAGAAGAAUUUGAAAAUGAGUUCAAACAACAAUAUGAACGAGAAAAAGUAUUAUUAACUGAAGAGAAUAGAAAGUUAACAAGCGAACUUGAUAAGCUAACUUCGCUAUGUGAGAGCUUAAGUUUGCGCAACCAGCACUUAGAAGAAGAGGUCAAAGAUCUAGCGGAUAAGAAAGAAUCAGUUGCCCACUGGGAAGCCCAGAUCACAGAGAUUAUCCAGUGGGUGAGUGAUGAGAAGGAUGCACGAGGCUAUCUUCAGGCCUUAGCUUCUAAAAUGACUGAAGAAUUGGAAGCGUUAAGAAAUUCCAGCUUGGGGACACGAGCAACAGAUAUGCCCUGGAAAAUGCGUCGUUUUGCAAAACUGGACAUGUCAGCUAGACUAGAGUUGCAGUCUGCUCUGGAUGCAGAAAUAAGAGCUAAGCAGGCCAUCCAGGAAGAGCUGAAUAAAGUCAAAGCCUCUAGCAUCAUAACAGAAUGUAAACUGAAAGAUUCCGAGAAGAAGAACUUGGAACUGUUGUCCGAAAUCGAGCAGCUGAUAAAGGACACUGAAGAGCUUAGAUCUGAAAAGGGUAUAGAGCACCGAGACUCACAGCAUUCUUUCUUGGCAUUUUUGAACACGCCUACCGAUGCUCUGGAUCAAUCUGAAAUUGCAGACUGUGCUCCACUUCCAGUUCACACACCAACCUUAAGGAAAAAGGGAUGCCCAGCUUCAACUGGUUUUCCACCUAAGCGCAAGACUCAUCAGUUUUUCGUGAAGUCUUUCACUGCCCCUACCAAGUGUCAUCAGUGUACCUCUUUGAUGGUUGGCUUGAUAAGACAGGGCUGUUCCUGUGAAGUCUGUGGGUUUUCCUGUCAUAUAACUUGUGUGAACAAAGCUCCGACGGCUUGCCCAGUUCCUCCUGAGCAAACGAAAGGUCCACUUGGCAUAGACCCCCAGAAGGGAGUAGGCACGGCGUAUGAGGGCCAUGUGAGGAUCCCUAAGCCAGCGGGAGUGAAGAAAGGGUGGCAGAGAGCACUGGCUGUGGUCUGUGACUUCAAACUGUUUCUUUAUGAUAUCGCGGAGGGAAAAGCGUCGCAGCCAAGCUCCGUCAUUAGUCAAGUGAUUGACAUGAGAGAUGAAGAAUUUUCUGUGAGUUCAGUCUUGGCUUCUGAUGUUAUUCACGCAAGUCGAAAAGAUAUUCCCUGUAUAUUUAGAGUCACAGCUUCCCAGCUCUCAGCGCCGAGUAACAAGUGUUCCAUCCUGAUGCUAGCAGACAGUGAGAAUGAGAGGAGUAAGUGGGUGGGAGUGCUGAGUGAACUCCACAAGAUUCUGAGGAAAAACAAGUUUAGAGAGCGCUCAGUGUAUGUUCCCAAGGAGGCCUAUGACAGCACUCUACCCCUCAUUAAAACAACGCAGGCCGCUGCAAUCAUAGAUCAUGAACGGAUAGCUUUGGGAAAUGAAGAAGGAUUAUUUGUUGUGCAUGUCACCAAAGAUGAGAUUAUUAGAGUUGGUGAUAAUAAGAAAAUUCAUCAGAUUGAACUCAUUCCAAGUGAGCAGCUUGCUGCUGUGAUCUCAGGCCGAAAUCGCCACGUCCGACUUUUUCCUAUGUCAGCUUUGGAUGGGCGAGAGAUGGAUUUUUAUAAACUGGCAGAGACUAAAGGGUGUCAAACCAUAGCUGCUGGGAAAGUGCGACACGGAGCUCUGUCCUGCCUGUGUGUGGCCAUGAAGAGACAGGUCCUUUGCUAUGAACUGUUCCAAAGCAAGACCAGGCACAGGAAGUUUAAGGAGAUUCAAGUCCCAUGUAAUGUCCAGUGGAUGGCCAUCUUCAGUGAACAUCUCUGUGUGGGAUUCCAGUCAGGAUUUCUCAGAUACCCACUGAAUGGAGAAGGAGGUCCAAGCAACAUGCUCCAUCCAAAUGACCAUACACUGUCAUUCAUUACACACCAACCAAUGGAUGCUCUCUGUGCAGUUGAAAUCUCCAACAAAGAGUAUUUGCUGUGUUUUAACAGCAUUGGGAUAUACACAGACUGCCAGGGUCGAAGAUCUAGACAGCAGGAACUGAUGUGGCCAGCAAAUCCUUCCUCCUGUUGUUACAAUGCACCAUAUCUCUCCGUUUAUAGUGAAAACGCAGUUGAUAUCUUUGAUGUAAACUCCAUGGAAUGGAUACAGACUCUUCCUCUCAAAAAGGUCCGACCUUUAAACACUGAAGGAUCAUUAAAUCUCUUUGGGUUGGAGACCAUUAGAUUAAUAUAUUUCAAAAAUAAGAUGGCAGAAGGGGAUGAACUUGUAGUUCCUGAAACAUCAGAUAAUAGUCGGAAACAAAUGGUUAGGAAUAUCAACAACAAGCGGCGUUACUCCUUCCGAGUCCCAGAAGAAGAGAGGAUGCAGCAGAGGAGGGAGAUGCUACGAGAUCCAGAAAUGAGAAAUAAAUUAAUUUCUAACCCAACUAAUUUUAACCACAUAGCACACAUGGGUCCUGGAGAUGGAAUACAGAUCCUAAAAGACCUGCCCAUGCCGGGUUUCCCUUAUUCGCCCCCUCAUCACCACUCCGGCCUGAUCUCCUCUCCGAGCAACUUUGAGCACAUCUAUCACAUGACUGUCAAUUCUGCUGAACAGUUUCUCUCUCCUGAUUCCAUAAACCCUGGGUGCCCCCAGUCCCUGCGCUCUGCCCCUGGUACACCACACUCUGUGACUCUGAGGAACCCACGGCCUCAGGAAAGCCGGACAGUAUUCAGUGGCUCCGUCAGUAUCCCCUCCAUCACCAAGUCCCGCCCUGAGCCAGGCCGCUCCAUGAGUGCCAGCAGUGGCCUGUCUGCACGGUCAUCAGCCCAGAAUGGCAGUGCACUAAAGAGGGAAUUCUCCGGAGGAAGCUACACCACCAAGCGACAGCCCAUGCCCUCUCCCUCAGAGGGCUCUUUGUCAUCAGGAGGCAUGGACCAAGGAAGUGACGCCCCUGCGAGGGACUAUGAUGGAGAGGACUCUGAUUCUCCAAGGCAUUCCACAGCUUCCAAUAGCUCUAACCUGAGCAGCCCCCCAAGCCCCGUCUCACCCCGAAAGACCAAGAGCCUCUCCCUGGAGAGCACAGACCGCGGGAGCUGGGAUCCAUGAACCCAGGACCAGUGACUGCAGGCAGGGACUCUGCACUCCCACUCCGACAACGCGCCUGGCAGCAGCAUUGCCUUCUGCACUGCUGCAAUGAGAAUUCCUCUGCAGCCAGGCCUGCUUCAUCCUCCCCUCAACCCCAGGUAGCUUCUGUAGACAGACUGCGCAGACGCAGCGCUAAGAGUAGACCGGUUGUGUUCUCACAGUAGCCCUCACGUAGCGCCCAGCAGCCUCCAUGAGCGUCAGCCAACUGUUGCCAGGAAAUAAACCCUCCCAAAUUAAAACAAUGCAUAUUUUACUACAAUACAGAGUUUAAGUAAAUACAUAGAUGUAGAAGUUAAAUUCUGAAUGUAAAUAGUCAAGGAAGCAUCUUGUGUUCGAUGAAAGAUGGAUGCAUUUAUAAGAAAGAUCAUUUAAUUUAAAGAAUGUGUUGUUUCUUGUCUGUUUGCCAGCUAUAUCAUAUACAGGGUAGAAAGGCCUCAAGUGACAUUGAUCAGAAGUCAGGUCCCCAUGGUGUCUGUCCUCAAGCCUAGGCAGACUGAGGUCACAGGGAAGUCUAAGGAAUGUUUGGAGAUUAGUGCCAUUGGUGGGCUGUGACCUGGACGCCAGUGGUGUUGAAGCCACUCCAGAGGCACAUUUGCCUCCCAAGGCAUUGUGUCCCUCACUUACUGUAUUUUGGUAUCUCGCACAGAUGAAUGUGAAACAGUCUGUCACCUUCCAGCCCUUCAUGGCUUCUGAAGAUCAUGGAAUGGUCAUGCAGCUGCUUUUCUGUCCCAGCUAAACCUUGUCCCCCUCUAGGUGGCUGUGAGGAGUCUCUGGACUAAGCACAACUUCCCUGUUGGGUGAGGGUGGUUGUGAAUACAUGCUGGGGAAGGUUCUCCUGACUAAGUCACAUAAAACCUCAGAAGCAUAGGCUUGCACAGCCUUGACCAAAUAUGCCUUCCCACGUGAGGGGACGGUGGGGCCUGAGGUGUGCUGGCCACCGUGGGCUGUGACCCAGCUUUCCCCCUCGAUAUCUGCUGCUGCACUUGUCCCAGGAAGCAAGAGGAAGACCAAGAGUCCUCUACUCAUACGUCCACCAGCUAAGAACACAGGGGGAAAGGUGGAAACUGGUACCCAUGCAAGUAAAGAGGCCCUGCCACUCUUAAUCCUCUCCUCUUUGGGGUUGGAAAAGCCACUGUUUCUCCCCACUUUAAGCCACAUCUAAAAUAGAUUUCCAAAGUUGCUGAUGUACCAGCAUGCUGACCUUUGGCACGGCAUGCUGCCAGGCCCUGUGGGUCAGAAUCCCAGUCACAUGGCUUUAUGGAGGGUGUUAGAGAGUUCAGGGAGGGGAGAUGGAAACAGAAGCACUUGACACUCGGGAGUCUCCAGCUCCAACAUGAGCAGGCACUGUGUCACUCUACGUUUAUCCUUUUGGAAACAUACCAUAUAAAAAUAACUUGUGUACACCCAAAAACAAGAGUCAGAUCUUUAGUUUGGCCAGAGCUCUAUUACAUCUGCUUGAACUUGGCACUUUGCUUGAAAGAGCUGCCUCCCCUCCCCUCCUUUCUCUCCCUCUUCUUUCUCCUUCCCCCAGUAGAAACCUGACCAGGCUAAGACACACUGAACUCCACCCUGAGCCUUUGGUUUGUAGCCUUGACAACCAAUUGUGAAUUUUUGUUGCCUACAGGUGCUUGUUUGUAAAAGAACCCUUUUAAUCUAAACCUCUACAUCCCUAAAGUCCAACUCCACUACAGUGAAUCCCACCCCAGCUCUGCCCCAAGGAGCCCUGUGGAUGAGUGGAUUUCCCACUGCUGUCAAAGAACCAGGCAUCCUAACAGCAGCCCUGCUGGCCCAGAGUGUGUGGUUCUAAUAACGACUGUCGUAUGUGAAGAGUGUUCCUGUCAGAGCUGUGGGAAGGAUGGGGAAAAAUGACUAAUAGGUUUCUAGGAGGACGAAACUAAGAUUCCUCAGGGCAGUCAGUAACAGAGAUGCGAGGCCAGGCCUUAGGCCUGGGCCACCUCGAGGUCACUCUCCCUAUCCCAUGCAAGGCAUCUGAAAGUGUGUGGCAUUGGAAAUUGAUCCAGAAAUUGGAAAAAAAGAAAACAUUAAGAGAAAUUUCUGAUACAGUGUCUAUGGGUUAGUUAGUACUUGAUGCUAUGUCUAGCCUGUAUGCUAUUUACCCUCUGAAUUCUGGCUUUUAUGUGAGUUUUGGGUGGGUAUACAAAAUAUAUUGCAGGGUUUCAUUUUGGUUUUGCCAAAAACAAAAGCCUUCCUAUCAGAUUGCUAAAGGAGAUCAUAUAUAUAUAUAUGAUUUUUUUAAGUUGUACACGUACUGCCUGUGCUUAGCCAUCUGUGUUCUUUCCCAGUGAGCACAGCUUUAAGACUGUGGGGGAUAACUGCAAAUGGCCUGUUUGGCUUUGCAAUGAAUUCCUACAGCCAAGCUUAGGGCAAGCAUCUGGGAUUCCUGUCAUUCCCACCAGCCCUUCCUCAGCUUCUCCUCUUUCAUGUUAGAAUCUUGUCAUCUUGUUAACUUAGUGACCACGUUUCUUUCUAGGCAUGUUCAGCCGCCUUGCGUGGGUCCUCAGGUAUCAUUAGAAAGAAGCCAGAGCAGAGGGGCAGCCUCCAUUCGCAGUGCAGCAGCCCACAUGCAGCCUUGGCAGUGACCACAAAUUCAGUUCUCCCAGCUCAGCAGACCUAGCUGAUGCCCCACCCCCAACACUGGUGCACUUAAAACAGUUGACACCCUGCUGUAGGUCCUACUCUGCCAUAGCCCAAGGCCACUGGCCCCUUCCAGUCCCACCUGGCCCCGCUGCAUAGCAUCUCCCUGUACCCUUGGAGUGGCUCAUACCUGGUUGGAACCUUCAGUCUUCACAAGUCCAGAGCUCCUUGCAGAGCCCUGCUGCAGUGAGUGUGUCUCCUGCCAGCUCCAGCACCACACUCUCCCAUCGCAAGGACAACAUUACACAGAGCCCUACUUCAGUUUUAGGAGACUGACUGCCAUAAGUCAGCCUUGAUGCCAUUGAAAACAAAAUGACCUUAUUUGAUAGAAUAACAGCAUUUAUUUUAUAAAUUUUUAGGAUUUUUUUCUCAUUGUAAUAUUAUUGUACAGUUUUGCAUGGCCUCAGUGUAAUCAUUUUUGUUCAGAAUAUUAUGCUGACCAGUGUGUGUGGAAGGGAACGUACAGCUUUGGCCUCUUAGCACUCACUUGGUUUGGUUUCAUCCCUGGGUGUCCUAGGGAAUUUCCUGACAGUAUCUGCUACCAAACUAUGACGCGGAUUCUUUUGCACAGAACUAUUUAAGGUGGGGUGGUCAAAAAUGUAACAAAGGAUUUCUCACCAAUAUUUUAUGUUGGUAUCACCUAAUUAACCAGACUUUGAUGUACUGCAAUAAAAUAAGGAACUGUUAGCAUCGA